CUAAGCGUGAAGCCGGCUGCCCCGCCCCUUUUGUCCGUCACAUCGCUGUGACCGAUAAACAAGGAUUAGGCCUUGAUUCCAACCAUUUUCUCUUGGCUUUAACGUGAUCUAUUUUAUUUUACUGUAAUUCUUCCUACUGUGAUCUUGGAAGAACCGAGCACCACUGUAAGCCGUCUGGAAAAAGAGGAGAGUAAUUGUGAUCCGGCGGCGCUGCCGCACAUCCCGCCUGGGUCAGCCAGGGACGUGACAACCCGUAGGUUAUGAGCGGCUGAUAAGCUGGAAACUGUUUUCCGUUGGUGUAAGGGACAGAAUACGUGACUAGGGACACUGAGGCAGGGGGCGAUCAAAAUGGCGACCAGGCUACGGAUUCUGUCAGGCUAAACCACUGCUGGAUAGCCAGGUUACAUAUACGGGUAUCGCUGCUCGGAGAUAACGACAGGGCACAUCCAGGAAAUACACAGCUAUAACGGAAACUAUCGUCUCUAGAAUACACGCAACUGUAAUUUUGGCACACUUUGAAAGACUUGUGGGGGAUGGAAGCUGCUCCUAUGUAGAAGGGUGUUCCUAUCAGUUGACUUCACAAAAAGGUAGUUUCUUAGAAAUAUGAAUGUACUUUGGCCUUGACCUCACUGUUUAGUGAGGAUUUUAUCUCUCAUAAUGUCGAGUUCAGGCUAUCCUAAUCAAGGAGCAUUUAGUGCAGAGCAGAGCCGUUACAGCACUCACCCUGUACAAUACACAUUUUCCAGCAGUCGACACCAGCAGGAUUUUCAAGUUCCUGAAUAUCGAUCUUCUCACUUGGAGUCUUCCCAGCUUUUACAGCAACAGCAACAUCUUAGAAGACGGCCUUCUUUGUUAUCAGAAUUUCACCCUGGAGCAGACAGGUAUUCGCAUCUGGCAUUGCCUCAGGACAGAAGAUCAGGGUAUGAGCAGCAAUAUCACUCUGCUUCUCAGAAUGACCAUGAAGCACUUGAUUCCAAGCGACCUCGAUUAGAGCCAGUGUCAGAGUCUCACUACAGAGUCAAUUCUUCUGUUAUGCCCCUGGUAUCUACCAUCCAGGAGGGUCUUCGGUCACAAGCAGAUAUUAAGAAGGAGCAGGGUUUGUCAGCCAAACAUGAUGCUGCCUCACCCCUCUCUGGUCAGCCUGGUGAUGACCAAGAUGCAUCUCCAUCAAAGCUUUCAAAGGAAGAACUUAUACAAAGCAUGGACCGUGUUGACAGAGAGAUAGCUAAAGUUGAGCAGCAGAUCUUUAAACUGAAGAAAAAGCAGCAACAGCUUGAAGAUGAAGCAGCUAAACCUCCGGAGCCAGAGAAGCCCGUUUCCCCUCCACCUGUGGAACAGAAACACCGCAGUAUUGUGCAAAUUAUUUAUGAUGAAAACCGGAAAAAAGCGGAGGAAGCACAUAAGAUCUUAGACAUCCUAGGUCCAAGAGUGGAACUUCCACUGUAUAAUCAACCCUCAGACACAAAGGUUUAUCAUGAAAAUAUCAAAACAAAUCAGGUGAUGAGGAAAAAACUAAUUUUAUUUUUUAAGAGAAGGAAUCAUGCAAGGAAACAGAGGGAACAGAAUAUUUGUCAGCGUUACGAUCAGCUGAUGGAAGCCUGGGAAAAAAAAGUAGACAGGAUAGAAAAUAAUCCUCGAAGAAAAGCCAAGGAGAGUAAGACUAGAGAAUACUAUGAGAAGCAGUUUCCAGAAAUCCGAAAGCAGAGAGAACAGCAGGAGCGAUUCCAGAGGGUUGGUCAGAGAGGAGGUGGACUUUCAGCAACUAUUGCAAGAAGUGAGCAUGAGAUUUCUGAAAUUAUUGAUGGUCUUUCUGAACAAGAGAACAAUGAAAAACAAAUGCGGCAACUCUCUGUCAUUCCACCCAUGAUGUUUGAUGCUGAGCAAAGGAGGGUAAAGUUCAUUAACAUGAAUGGACUCCUGGAGGAUCCUCUGAAGGUUUACAAAAGUCGUCAGUUCAUGAAUGUGUGGACUGAUCAUGAGAAAGAAAUUUUUAAAGAAAAAUUUGUCCAGCAUCCCAAAAACUUUGGACUUAUUGCAUCUUACUUGGAAAGGAAGAAUGUGGCAGACUGUGUCCUUUAUUAUUAUUUAACCAAGAAAAAUGAAAAUUAUAAAGCCCUUGUAAGAAGAAACUAUGGUAAAAGGAGAGGGCGUAACCAGCAACAGAUUACACGCCCUUCUCAAGAAGAAAAGGACAUUGAAAAAGUAGAGGAGGAAAAAACAUCUGAGAAAAAUGAGAAAAAAGAGGAAGAAAGAAAGGAAGAGGAGGAAAAAGAGGAGAAGGAAGAAUUUAGGGAUUGCGCCAAAGACAAAAUUGAAGCAGCAGUUGAAGAAAUAGAAGAAAGAGAACAGUCCACUCCACGGGGGCGUAAAACUGCAAACAGUCAGGGCAGGAGGAAGGGGCGAAUUACUAGAUCGAUGGCUAAUGAGGCUGCUGCAGCAAGUGCCACUUCUUCUACUCAAAACCCUGCACCUGUUCCCACUUCUGCCCCCACAAUUGCUUCUGCUCCAGCUGUAGCCGUAGUUCCGACUCCAGAAGAACCUCCACAACCACCACCUCCUCAGGACUCAACUUCUGCAGAGACCGUGGAGACCUCACGCUGGACUGAAGAAGAAAUGGAAAUUGCUAAAAAAGGUUUGGUUGAACAUGGUCGUAACUGGGGAGCAAUCGCCAAGAUGGUUGGGACAAAAAGUGAAGCCCAGUGCAAAAACUUUUAUUUUAAUUAUAAAAGAAGGCAUAAUUUGGACGGUUUGCUUCAGCAGCACAAGCAGAAAUCCUCAAGGAGACCAAGAGAGGAGAGAGAUGUAUCGCAGUGUGAAAGUUUGGCAUCCACUGUUUCUGCACAAGAAGAUUAUGACAAUGAGGGGUCUAAUGAAGAGGAUAAUCAAGAGGAUAGUGAAGGUGCAGAGAACAGCUCAGACACAGAAAGUGCUCCAUCUCCUUCACCUGCAGAUGGAACCAAACAUGCUGAUGAAAUGACUUUGAGAACAACUUCUGAUUCUUUACCUGAAGAUGUUUCAUCAGAACAGGAAUCUAAAAACAAACCUGAUUCAGGUUCCUCCCCCUCCGUUUCUGUGCAAAAUACAAAUUCAGAAAACCAGUACCCAGAACUGCAUGUGAAAGAAGAAAUCAACACUGAGCCAGAGGAGGCAAUGGAGUUGGAGGACAGAUGUCAGACUUUAGAAACAAAACCUCCUCCCUGUCUCCAGGUGCAUACCAAACCAGAGCCUGUUGAGGCAGAAGGAAAGCUGACAGACAUUGCCCAAGUAAAAAUUGAGGAUGAGGCCAAAGAAAGAGAGAUUAAGAAACUAAAAGACGAUGUUUCUGAAAUGGAAUUUACAUCACAGCAUCCCACUCAUGGAAGGCCGGAGUCACAGUCAGACAAUGACUCCAGUGCCACAUGCAGUGCUGAUGAAGAAGUAGAUGGUGAACCAGACAGGCAGAGAAUCUAUGGUUUGGAAUCAAAGCCUUCCUUAUUGAAUCCUGCAGGAUCAAUUUUGGUUUCUUCACCCAUGAAACAAGGACCAAUGGACUUGCAACAGCUGCAUCACCGAGCUGCUGUUAUUCCUCCAAUGGUGUCUUGUAGCCCAUGCAACAUACCUCCAGGUACAGCUGUAUCAGCUAGUAACUUUUCUUUCUACCAGCGACAUCUUCAGUCUCUGCACGAGAAUACACUGCUAGAAGAGCAAAGGCAGAGACAGGAACAACUAAAUAUUGAUAGCAGGAGGUCAUCCAGCCCAGCGAAUAUGUCUAAAAGUCCAAUCGUGGAUUGGGAAGGAAAAUCUGUAUAUAUGCCUUAUGCUGCUGAAGUCAAGCGUGCACUGGACCAUGAGGCACAAAUGCAAAAUACUGCAAGUUCUGUUUCACCAUAUAGGUUGUCUCCAAGAGAUGUCAGUAAAGCUUCCCCACAAGCAGAGAUGAAUCCAGCCCGCUAUUGUGUACCGCCAGUACUGCAGCCUGCACCACAUCAAGUAAUAACAUCUUUAUCAGAAGGUGCCCGGCUCCCUGUGACACGCCCGACUCGCCCACCUCCCCCUCUAAUACCAUCAUCCAAAACUGCAAGUGCUUCUGAGAAGCCAUCAUUCAUUAUGGGAGGUUCGAUAUCUCAGGGAACACCUGGCACUUACUUAACAUCACUGAGCCAGCAGUCAUACAGCCAAGAAUCAGUUAAGCCCUCUGUAGGCUCCAUCUCUCUUGGACUGCCAAGACAGCAAGAAUCGGCAAAAAUUGGUUCUGUUACCUAUGUUAAACAAGAAGAGUUUUCUCCUCGAAGCCAAAGCUCACAGCCAGAAGGACUCUUGGUCAGGGCUCAGCAUGAAGGUGUUGUCAGAGGCACUAUGACUACUCUUCAGGAGGGGAGCAUCACAAGAGGCACUCCAGCCACCAAGGUUCCUGUGGAAGCUAUUCCAUCUCUACGUGGGUCCAUCACUCAGGGUACACCUGCUCUGUCACAGUCUGGUAUUGCUGCUGAUGUCUUGCUUAAGACAACCAUCACCCAAUUGGCAACAGAAGAUUGUAGUAGCCCAGAGAAAUGCAGGGAGGAAUCUUCUGCUAAAGGCCAUGUUAUCUAUGAAGGCAAGAGUGGCCAUAUUGUAUCUUAUGACACUGCCAUGAAAAACAUGCGAGAGAGUACCAGGAGUCCAAGGACCGCAGAAGUCAAUCUUAAGAGAAACUAUGAUGCAAUGGAAGGAAAUAUUAAGCAGAAUAUGUCUAUGAGAGAGGGAGCAGUAUCAGCACCUAUGGAAGGACUGAUCUGUCGUACAUUGCCUAAAGGUAGCCCUCAUCCAGAGCACAAAGAAAGAACAGUCUUGACAGGUUCCAUUAUGCAAGGCACACCUAGAACAACUUCAGAUAAUUUUGAUGAUGGUCUGAAGUAUGCAAAGCAAAUAAAACGUGAAAGCCCUCCAAUUCGGUCAUUUGAAGGUAAUAUCUCCAAGGGCAAGCCAUAUGAUGGCAUCACCACAAUUAAAGAGAUGGGUCGAUCCAUUCAUGAAAUCCCCAGGCAAGAUCUUAUAUGCCAAGAAAGCCGAAAAACCCCUGAAAGCUCAAGGCCCAUAAUGGAAGGUUCAAUUUCUCAGGGCACACCUAUAAAAUAUGAAGGAUCUUCUGGUCAGUCUGCCAUCAAACAUAAUGUAAAAUCAUUAAUCACAGGGCCUAGUAAGUUGCCUAGAGGAGUGACACCAAUGGAUAUGAUGCCAGAGAAUUUAAAAGUAGUUGAUAGAACAAAAUAUGAGGACUUAAAAUCAUCUGAUUCCAUCCGUUCAAGGUCAGGUCAGUCAGUACUUAGAUCAACACUACAUGAAACCUCAAAGUCUCAGCUUAGCCCUGGCAUUUAUGAAGAUUCCAAUGCAAGGAGGACACCAGUCAGUUACCCCAGCCCAAUGUCCAGAAGUUCGCCAAUGGCACGAUCAUCAGAAGGUGGAAUGACACUAGGGAAGUCUUCCAGUCAUGAAAGAAAAAGCACAUUAACCCCCACACAGAGAGAAAACAUAGUUGUGAAGUCUCCGGUUCCUGGUGUAGACCCUUCGACAGCACACAGUCCAUUUGAUCCCCACCUCCGUGGUGCCAAUCCAGGAGACGUCUACAGGGCUCACCUGCCACCUCAUCUAGAUCCAUCCUUGCAGUUUCACAGAGCUUUAGAUCCUGCUGCUGCAGCGUAUUUAUUUCAAAGGCAACUUUCUCCCACACCUGGUUACCCCAGCCAAUACCAGCUUUAUGCUAUGGAAAACACACGGCAGACAAUCCUAAAUGACUAUAUCACUUCACAGCAAAUGCAGGUCAAUUUAAGGCCGGAUGUUGGCAGAGGUCUUUCUCCCAGAGAGCAAGGUCUUUCGAUUCCAUAUCCCGGAGCAAGAGGAAUAAUUGACCUAACCAACAUGCCUCCUACAAUUUUGGUUCCUCAUCCUGGGGGAACAAGUACACCACCUAUGGACAGGAUUACAUACAUCCCUGGAACGCAACUGGCUUUCCCACCCAGACCAUACAACCCUGCUUCCAUGUCUCCAGGACAUCAAGCUCACCUAGCAGCUGCAGCUUCUGCCAGUGCUGAACGAGAAAGGGAACGUGAAAGAGAGAGAGAGAAGGAACAUCGUGACAGAGAAAGGGAGCGAGAGAGGAUGGCUGUGGCCAACACUUCAUCCCAAAGUGAACAUUAUCUAAGACCUGUUCAAGAACAACCUGGAAGACCUAGUAGUCAUGGAUAUGUUCGUUCCCCAUCACCGUCUGUAAGAAACCAGGAAAGCAUCAUGCAGCAGCGACCAAGUAUAUUUCAGGGAACCAAUGGAAAAAGUGUCAUCACACCUUUGGAUCCUGCACAACUGCGAGUUAUGCCUCUCACUCCUGGAGCUCCAUCAAUUACUCAGGGAAUACCUGCAUCCCGUUACAGUACAGCUGCAGAUGCAUUAGCUGCAUUAGUUGAUGCAGCAGCUUCUGCUCCUCAAAUGGAAGUUGCCAAGACAAAGGAGGGCAAGCAUGAUACUGCUCGAAUAGAAGAAAAUAUGACAAGGCGUUCAGCACUGGAACAGCAGCAGCAGCAGAUGGAUUCUGAACGCCGAAUGGUGCAGAGUCCCUAUACAUCAACUGGUUUCUCUAGUAGCAAAUCACAGAGCCAGGUUUCUCCUGCAGUGUAUUCAGAGGCAGGCAAAGACAAAACUUCACAUACCAAGUCACGCUACGUGGAGGAGUUGCGAACACGAGGAAAGACCACCAUCACUGCAGCCAACUUCAUUGAUGUUAUAAUUACUCAGCAGAUUGCUUCUGACAAAGAUGCUCGAGAGAGGAGCUCACAGAGUUCAGAUUCAUCCAGUAGCUUAUCCUCCCAUCGUUAUGAAGCUCCCAGAGAAACCAUAGAAGUGAUCAGCCCUGCCAGUUCUCCAUUACAAGUACAGGAUAAAGACUCCUAUAUGCUUGAGCAAGCAAAAUCAAGUCAAUCUGAAAAUGAAAAUAGCAGACAAUAUGAAGCACAAGCAAGUCGUUACCGAUCACAGCAAGAGUCUCCCUCUCCACAGCAGCCCUCCCAACCUGAAGGGCAACGAACUCAUCGAUUGAUCACAUUAGCUGAUCACAUUUGUCAAAUUAUAACCCAAGACUUCGCUAGGAAUCAGUCAUCAAGUCAGGCAUCUCAGCAGCCCCCCACAUCUACAUUCCAGAGCUCUGCCCCAAUGUCAGCACCUAUCCGAUCCAAGACUUCCAACAGGUUCAGUCCUGAAUCACAGACACAGCCUGGUCACCAUCAACGGCCCACACCUAGGGUAUUGCCUGAAAGUAUUGCUGACAAACCAAGGGGAAGGCCUGGAAAGUCUCCAGACAGAGGACACAUCUCUGAGCCAUAUGAGCCUAUAUCACCUCCCCAAGCUCCUCUAAUACAUGCAAAACAGGACAAUAUGUUACUACUUUCCCAAAGACCAGAGAAUGCAGAACAAAGGAAUGAUUCUCGUUCUCCUGGAAAUUUAAAUUACCUGCCUUCCUUCUUCACAAAGUUGGAGAAUACUUCCCCAAUGGUUAUGUUCAAGAAGCAGGAGAUUUUUCGUAAGUUAAACUCCUCUGGUGGCGGUGACUCUGACAUUGCAGCGGCUCAACCGGGGACAGAAAUAUUUAACUUACCAGCUGUCACAAGUUCAGGUGCAAUCAGCUCUCGGAGUCAUUCAUUUGCUGAUCCAGCAAGUAAUCUUGGUCUAGAAGACAUUAUUCGUAAAGCUCUAAUGGGAAAUUAUGAUGAUAAAUCUGAGGAUCAACAUGGAGUAUUGAUGAGUGUAGCACAAGGCAACACUUCAGCCUCUUCUGGUAAUGACUCACGCAGAGAAGAAGCAAACCCUUCACCUAAUUCAGGGUCAACCCAGUUCCCAUACAAUCCUCUGACAAUGGGAAUGCUGAACAGCACUCCUCCAUCCUCCAUGUCUUGUGCCCAACCGACAAUGACACAGAGUUCAGCACACCAACAGAGUCGGAUAUGGGAACGAGAGCCUGCACCACUUCUCUCCGCACAGUAUGAAACACUGUCGGACAGUGAUGACUGAAACAGAUUAGAGGCCAAUAUACACUGUUGAGUUCCCAAAGGGAUCUAAAGGAAUCUUCAAAAUGUUAAAACUUGAUGCCUGGAGAGUUCCACAAGCUGCAUAGCAAACUUCUUCAAGCAAGAGGCUUGUUAAAAAUACAUAUGACUAUUGGUCUGCAUUGACCAGGCCCAUCUGCUUGCAGAAUGUAAUUAAUAAAGAACUGAGGCUCUACACAAAAUGUAAAGAACUUUUAAACAGAUAAAUGGACAGUUACUAAUUUACAGCUAUUUGUAAAGAAAACCAUGUCUUUAAAUCAUUAUGUAAAUAUGUGCAGUGUAUUUUUUUUUUUUUUUGGCUGUAGCAUCUGGUGUAUGUAUGUUUGUCAAUGCCUCAGAUCUGGAGGAACAUUUUUGUAUAUAUAUAUAUAAUUUUUUUUAACUAUCUUUUUCUCAAGCGUUCAAAUUAUACUAAACUUGCUUCCUAGAUGGCAUAGUGCCUCACCUAUUUAAAAAAAUAAUAAUAAUCUGCACCUUAAAAUGACAGGCCUAGCUUUACAUUUGUGGCCACUAUCCCUAAUUUCUUACAGAGAUUAAAAAUAAAUCCUUCAUUUUUAUCUUCUAAAAAGGUGAGAAAAAGUCAGUUGAAUUUAAUAUUACUGUUCUGCUUUUUUGUUCUUAACCUUUGAAAUAAUGCGUUGCACAUUUGAAUGCAAAUGUCACACUAUAAAUCCCUCUUUUUUUCAGAGAUGUUUGCCUCAUUGUAAAAAUAUAUAUAUAUAUUUUUUUUCUUUUAUCAUACGAACGGAGCUUUGCUGCACUAGCAAUGACCAUUGCAAAAUUGUCUGUGAAUUUUAGGGUGUUUUUAUCUUCUGCAGGAAAAUAUUUCCAUUGGAAAAUAAAUAUAUGUAUAGGCAGGAUUGUGUCACCAAUCUUAAAACUGUCAGAUUGGUACUGUAGAUGCUUUUUCUCACAGCUUAAUUCUAUACAUAAUUGUAAUAAAACUGGUUUCCUGCAGGACAGUA